GUAGUAGAGGGGAGUAGUGAUUCGGGUUUUGUAUCAUUGUUUGAUAUAUUUCAGUUUUCAUCAGUCCUCGAAUGCAGGUAAAUACGAGGUAUUUGUGACAACUGUACUGGUUUUCUCUCGACAGUUUUUUUCGUAUUUCAAUUAGUAUUUUUGGUAUAUUUUCGAAAUGAAAACGUGCUCGAUCGGGUUAUGAAAUGUUAUGAAGUGUGUUUGAGUGAUAAAUAGGCAGUGUCGUGAUUUUUUCUUUCGGAAGAUUAUUAAAUAGGUGCACUGGAACCCUCAAAUUUGGAUUACUUUUUGAAAAUGGCCCUCGCAAGACUGCCGGGGGUGAGUGACUGCUCGGCCGGGCAGACGGCCCGGGUAACCUCCAAUCUACACCCGACAAGUACUAUGGCCGUUAGCCGAGUCCCGAGCCCACCGCCUCAGGAGGUCAACACACCGGUAGCAGAAAAUUGGUGUUACACACAGGUUAAGGUAGUCAAAUUUAGUUAUAUGUGGACCAUAAACAACUUCAGCUUUUGUCGAGAGGAAAUGGGUGAAGUCUUAAAAUCGUCCACAUUUUCUGCUGGCGCCAAUGACAAAUUAAAAUGGUGUUUGAGAGUGAAUCCGAAGGGUUUGGAUGAAGAAAGCAAAGACUAUUUAUCGUUAUAUUUGUUAUUAGUGUCGUGCAAUAAAAGUGAAGUUAGAGCCAAAUUUAAAUUUAGUAUAUUAAAUGCAAAACGUGAAGAGACAAAGGCAAUGGAAAGCCAAAGAGCGUAUCGGUUUGUACAAGGGAAAGAUUGGGGCUUCAAAAAGUUCAUUAGGAGAGAUUUUCUUUUGGACGAAGCGAAUGGUCUCCUUCCCGAUGAUAAAUUAACAAUAUUUUGUGAAGUAAGUGUAGUAGCGGAUAGUGUAAAUAUUUCAGGCCAAUCAAAUACAAUACAAUUUAAAGUUCCAGAAUGUAGAUUGUCAGAUGAUUUAGGUCUAUUAUUUGAAAAUCAGAAAUUCAGCGAUGUUACUUUGUCAGUUGGUGGCAGAGAAUUUCAAGCACACAAGGCCAUAUUGGCAGCACGAAGCCCCGUCUUCCAAGCAAUGUUCGAACACGAAAUGGAAGAACGGAAACACAACCGUGUCGAUAUAACUGACGUGGACCAUGAAGUAUUGAGAGAAAUGUUGAGGUUUAUAUAUACGGGAAAGGCCUCCAAUCUCGAAAAAAUGGCAGACGAUCUCCUAGCGGCGGCCGAUAAAUACGCCCUCGAAAGGCUAAAGGUGAUGUGUGAGGAAGCACUAUGUACAAAUUUAUCCAUUGAAAACGCAGCGGAAAUUCUUAUUCUAGCUGAUUUACACAGCGCCGAUCAGCUUAAAGCUCAAGCCAUAGAUUUUAUUAAUACACAUGCCACAGACGUUAUGGAUACACCGGGGUGGAAAUCAAUGAUACAAACACAUCCUCACCUGAUAGCUGAGGCGUUUAGAGCUUUAGCAACUCAACAAAUCCCACCGAUAGGGCCACCCAGAAAGAGAGUAAAGCAGAGCUGAACGUUUUAAAAUGCUCUAAAGUGAAGUCGACUGCUUUAAUGUGUUCAAAGUUCAAAACAAUUCAAAAAUAAAAAGAAUUAAAGAGACUAUCACCUCUCAUGUAAAAUAUAGACAAUAUUCACGGCUAUCGAGUGCUGUUUUGAUAGUGACUUUUGUUUUUUUUUUGUGUCACCUUGUGAUGAGGAGGUUUACAGAAGUAUGUGAAUUGAAUUUUUGUAAUUCGGAUUUAAAAAAAAUAUACCACUGAAAAUGUAAUAGUCGAACAAUAUUUCACAAUUAAUCCAGAUGCAUACAUUUGUCGAAUUUAUAGAGAUUGUUCUAAAAAUGUAUUGUCACGCGUAGUUUCGCAAUUUAUUUUAGAUACGGCCACCAAAGAUGAAAUGUCUAUUUUAUUUUUAUACCGUGCAUUAAGGAUUUUUCAAAUGCUAAGAUCUUAAUUCAUUAUUUUUUUUUGAAAUCUGGUUUUUUGCAAGAUCGAAAUAAUAGGACGAAGAAUGUUGAACUUUUCUUUUUGGUGUUAUAAGAGCGACUUUCUCCUUUUAAAAUAGACUUUUCUAGAAAAAGCUUCUGUGAAUCUCUUCGUUGUUCUGUGAUUGUUUUGUUACGGAAAUCUUUCUAUAUUUUUUUUGUAAGAUAAAGUGUUUUCAUUUGAGUGCGGCGAGAUGGCGAUAAGUUUAAUUUAUUAUAUCGAAUUAUUCUGUAAUUGUUUUUAAAAAGUGUAUCAACCAAAUUCGUGCAAUUGAAUAUAACGAAAAUUUAGACGAUAGUAAUAAUUUAAACUUUGGGCUUUGGUAUUCUUAUUUUCAGAUCACAUUUAUAAUUGUAAAAAUCCUCAUAAAUUUCAUUUAGUUUUUCCCAUAUUACGAGUUUUUUGUGCAUCUCUCCCCUAUAAAAUUAUUCUAACCAUGACAAUCCCUCGCAUUUGCAUAUUUCAUACUGUUACUACUUUUUAAUUAUUAAAUGAUCUAUAAAUUCUGUUGACCGAGUGUGUUUAUGUAUUUCUACUAAAGAAAAUUAUUUGUAACUAACGUGUUGUAUUCUUAUUCAUUCUGAUUUAAGAGUUUAUCCCAUUUCUCUAUCUAAUUUGUCAGGCUGAACCUUUUCACAUUUCUUUUUUCUACCAAAUUUUAUUUUUAAUUCCUGCGUAGACCAGGGUGGAGAAUUUUUGAAAAAAAAAAUUAUACGAUGAAACACAUUUGGAGUGAGUUUUUAAAGGUAAAAAACGAUUUAUCUCGAUUUCCGGCAAAACUACGGACACUUUUCAUGGUUUUCAGUUUCUCGGACAGAAUUACCACCUCUAGGCAAAAUGUUGACAUCGGAAAAAAGAAAGUUUAUAUUCUGUUAUUUUUUUCAAAUUUAUAAGGAGUUUUUAUUAUAUUCUCAAAGAUGAAUUUCAAUUUCCUGAAAAUGCUGUUGCUGAGAUAAUAAAGUUGAAGUUAAUUUUGUUGGAUCAUUCUUUCCGGAUGAGCGUUUUCUCAUCGAUUCUUCCAUUAAUCAAAUAGCAUAUUGAAUAUAACUCGUAUUGGUUGCAUUAUAAGUUGAUACGCUGAUUUUCAAAUAUAAAUAACAAUGUAUAAACUGUAUGAUCGAAUUUUUAAUUCCCCAAAUUACCAAAUCUACGGAAAAGUUUAUCAACGUAGCUACCUCAAAGUAUCCGUUAAUAUUUCUUUUACCUACCAAUAUUCCUAGCCUGAUGAUAGAUAUAUCAGCAAUGUAUGGAAAAAAAAAUACUUUCCGGUAUUGAUUUGUCAAAAUGGGAGCGGAUGUCGAUUUAACGGCUGUAUUUAAUUAUAGAGCCUUACUCGCCGCACUGUAUAGACUAGACGAAUAUACUUAAGAAAUCGCUCCAUGAUACGAGAUAGAGUCGAAAAAAUCGGGAUUGUAACCAAAUUGAUUUUGCUGAUGACAACUUAUUUACUUCGAAAAGCCGAUUUUACUCCAAGUUUUGAAAAAUCAUCUAGUUUUUAUUUAUUCAUAUACUAAUUUUGGCGAAAUAACUAAACAUUAUUCGAAGACUCGUUCUUUGUUGGGUAUUACAAAUUUGUUCUAAAUUAUUCUUAAAAGUAUGUCGAACUUGAUAAGUGUACAGAUGCCGUCAGAUCACUCCAUAACUUCUUGAAAACUUUAGUUUCAGCAAGAUCUAUUUCGUUUUGAAUUAACUGUUACUUUGAUUCUAAUUGGAAAUUGAAAAAUAUCCGUUGAUUUAUCGCUCAAACAAAAUAUUGUAGCAAUGUCGUUUAGUCUAUGUAAAACAAAAACAGAAUUGUGAUAUAUAUAUACGACCACAGCUGGUUCCUAUUCGGGGACGAUCGACCUUCUAAUUUGUAAUUUUAGUGUUAUUAUUUGUCUUGAUCUCCUGGUUUAAGUUUAAGAUCAAACAAAGCAGAUGAAUAAAAUCUUGCGAACUUUAUCAGAAAA